AUGCUCAGAAAUUUUACAAGAUCAACAAGAUUGUUCAGUACAAGAUCAAUACUUGCCAAAGACCAUGGUGAAACUAAUCUAAGUCCAAAAAUCAUUACUCAAAAAACCCCAGAUGGUAAAGAUGAAAAAGUUGUUAAAAUUGCACCAAUUGAAAGAGGUAAUGAAGAUAUCAACAAGAAAAAGGCAAGAUUAAUUUAUCAAAGUAGAAAAAGAGGUAUCUUGGAAACUGAUUUAUUAUUAUCAAAAUUUGCCAAGUUGUAUUUAGAUAAAUUUUCAUUGGAAGAAUUAGAUGAAUAUGAUAAAUUAUUAGAUGAAUUAGAUUGGGAUAUUUAUUAUUGGGCAACUAAAAAUUAUGAUAUUACUCCAUUACCUAAAAAAUGGGAAAAUAGUAAAAUAUUGAAAUUGUUACAAGAAUUAAGUGAAAAUAAAGAAAGGGAAGUGUUAAGAAUGCCAAAUUUAUAUUAA